AUUUAGAGCAAAGGUAGAAAGUUUUUUGAAGUAUAGAAUUUAUUCGCGAUUGGGAAAGAAGCGGUCUUUCAACGCUGGAGAAAUUAAUUGCCGAGGCGCUAUAAUUAACGAUCGUACUUAUGCUUGCAGAAGAAAGCUGACGGAUGGAUAUGCCAAUAAACUUGUUAUCAAUAUAUAAUUCUCAGAAAGAAAAUACCCUUCGGACGCGCGAUCAAUUACUUUUAGCGCAGGAUAAAACUGAUCAUCUCAAUUCGAAAAAAGUGCCUCUCGGCUUCCUGCAACUAAAUCUCCGAUAAUCGCCAAUUUAAACUUAUUAAGCUGCGUUUCGCAAAAGGUGAAACUGCGCUCGCAGUAAACGCACCAUAGAAGAUGUAUUAUACACCGAUGCGCUUAAACUUCAUUGUCCAUCUACACAGACCUCGCGCACUUUCCUAUCCAUAAAACUUAAUACCAUCGAUUACGCAAAAACAGCCGCGACCGUAGGUCUCUUUCAUCAUAAUAACACAUCCAAAGGAGCGUAAAGCAGCUUAUCCUAUCUAAUAGCUGGAAAGUGCAUCCGAUAGCCCCCUCAUUACGUCGAACAUCGCUCCUCCUUCUGUCUCCCCGUGUGCAGUUCGAUCGCCACCGGCUAAAACGCAAGAAACAUAGUCGCUUGCUUACUCACCACACGGUUUCGAAAAUCGGCGCUGAUUUUGCGCAACCACUCGGCGGCCGGACGCUUUUCCGCGCCUGCGAACACGCCUCCCAUACCCGCGAAAAGAUGAAGUCCAGUAUACGCACUGCAGGUAUAUUAUACCGCUCGCGGUGAAAGCGUUUUUCCGCGACUGCCGCUCGCUACGCGUAUGUCGUCCGUUAUGAUACGUGGGCUGCAUUGGGAUGUAGACUAGCGGUAUGUAUGCCUUUGAUGGAUGUCGUGGGGUUACGUAGCUAUUGGCUCGUCGUUUUAAUUCUCCGGGGGUGUAAUACCAUCAGCUGCGCGCUGAGUAAUUUUGAUCGUUCGCCAAGAAUUGCAGCGGAGAAUUAAAGAGCGAAGUGCCAGGAGAUGUAAGGUGUGUUGAGGGAGUAAGGGUGGAAAACAAGGGGGUUUUUGAGCUUUGAUUCUAAUUGCGACUCUGUAAUUGAGUUGGCGGUGGGUAUGGGUCUUCUCUCUAAAUUAACUUUUUCAAAUACUGGAAGAAAAUUAGCUGCUGAAGAAAAGUACGAGCAAUUUGAGUAAUGCGUUUCUCGCAGUCGAUCACGUCGAUUUUAAUGAAAACAUCAUGCAAACCUUCUUUCUAGUACAGAGUAUAAUGUAAGAUAUAACCACCGAACAAAUCAUCAUCAUCAUCAUCAGUUUCGUAUAGAUAUCUCGCAAGGCACACCAAUUGCUCCGAAAAUUUCACAACGUAAUAUAGUGUCGGUUCAAUUAAGGAGUAUUAAUCUGUGUAACAUUUUCCUGCAUCACGUGCGCGUGAGAAUGUCGCUACUGCAGGCGGCGUUUGCUUUACGAGCAAACGCUUCACCCACAGGCGCUAUUGGGUUUUGCAUAGCCGAGAAAUGCCGUAAUGCACCGCAUGUAUGCGCACCUCGAGGAGAGAAUUCAGUUCGACCCGAGGCUGCUUAAUUUUGCUUAGCCGCGUCGUGCGUCGUAAACCCAUGUCUUUUCCUUCGAGGCUCGUUGUUUUUUUUAAAUGAGCGGGAUUUCGAAAAAGAAACAGCAAAAGUAAUUACAAAAAAUUGGAUAAUUUGUAAAACGCGCGUGAACCGAACACGCGGCCUUACGUAACUGGAAGUCCAGCUAGUUAUUCCAAUACUAGUAUAUAUAAACGUCAAACGUUGCAAAAGUACUGUUAAACAACUUUCCAAGUAAACGAAGAUAUAAACUGCAAAAAAUCGUCAAACCCGAGGUGUCUUGCCACACUCGACUCGUUCUACUUGCAAACAUGCAGAAGUACGUGACACCGUCACUGGCCGAACUGGGCGAGCGAGGCAUUCCUCCGGAGACGAACGAUCACGUGCUGAUGGUGACCCGAGUGCCGGGAGCCGGUGCCGAACUUCUCGUUCUCAUACUCCAACGUCUUCAGGGCUUCAACGCUUUCAAACAUAUCAGACUGCCAUCGGGGGACGAGGGCACGCUUAGCAACCUCCAGCAGGAGCUGCUGGUCGAGGAGGUGACGAGCAUCAUAAGGCAGGAGGCGAUUCCGCUGUCGUUCGACGGAGACGUUCGAUUUCUGAACUUCUCGGCUUUCGGGAGACAGGCGCCCACGUACAUUUCACUGGUUAGGGACCCGCUAGAUCCGAAAACCUUGGAAAGGUUCAAGAAAGGCGACUCGUCGACCAUCUACAGAGGCUCGUUAUCUCACUUUUGUGGACACGAUUCUCGUUGCUCAGAAAGAAACAACGAGUGGGCGCUGGAACAGGCCAAAGCUAACGUACUUAGGUGGUAUCCUAUUGUGGGAGUCUUAGACCUCAUGGACGAGACGCUGAAUAGUCUUGAGAGGGCUUUUCCGUACUUCUUCGAGGGGGCUUCUCUUAUUUACGACAAACUUCGACCAAAGAAGACAAAUACUUUCAGCUCAACUUUAAAACCAGGGACGAAAAAGCGCCUGAGAAGCCUUUUGAAAACCGAAGUCAAAUUUUACGAAUGGAUAAAAUCACGGCUUUUAAAUGGAACGACUGAGAACGGUUGAAGAAUACUAUUCUAAUAUCGCCGAAUUAUUUAAACAAGCUAAAUUUAACAGUAUAUAAGAAAUAUUCUGAAUGUGAUAAAGUGCGAAGGAUUUGCCAGUUACCAUGCCUAGUGUGUUUGUCUAAGAAAGAGAUCUAAGUUACCGACUGUAGAAAUGCGAGAUUCACGAAACAUGCAGGUGCUGUCAUCUCGCAAUCAUCUGCGCAGGUAAAGACCGCGUAGUAGUUCACCGAAUGUCCGCUGCGAUCGAUUAUUAUUAUUCGAAUUUUUUAUACGCUUGUAUAUAGUUAGUGAAAGCAAAAACAAAAACAGAUGAACUUUCUACGUCGAUAUAUUGAACAAAGUGUAAAAUAAAUACAUCAGUGUAAUAAAGAAAUGCGUUUGUUAUACAAAUGCAA